ACCCCCUUCCUUUCCACCCUUAUUCCCACCUCCCCUACUCUCCUCCGCCAACACCACCCCUCUCUUGGGCGAACCUCAGAUCCUCAACAUCUCCUGUGACGGGCAGUGGUCACGGAAACACAGAGCUAGACGAGGGGAGAGCCGCUGAGGAGGGGGAAACGUGCACUAAGCCAUUUUCUUGGAGGAGCCAGUGUCGUUGAUGGGAAGAGGAUGCAUUGCGGGCUGCUGGAGGAGCCUGAUAUGGAUUCCACAGAGAGCUGGAUUGAAAGAUGCCUUAAUGAGAGUGAGAGUAAGCGAUACUCCAGCCACACGUCUCUGGGGAACAUGUCCAAUGAUGAACAUGAAGAAAAAGAAAAUAACAGAGCCUCUAAACCACAUUCAACACCGGCUACUCUGGAAUGGCUGGAGGAAAACUACGAGAUAGCCGAAGGUGUGUGCAUCCCCCGAAGUGCCCUCUAUAUGCAUUACCUAGACUUCAGUGAAAAGCACGACACGCAGCCUGUGAAUGCGGCCAGCUUUGGAAAGAUUAUAAGGCAACAGUUUCCAGCACUAACUACCAGAAGACUGGGGACAAGAGGGCAGUCUAAGUAUCACUACUAUGGCAUAGCGGUGAAGGAGACCUCCCAGUAUUAUGACGUGAUGUACUCCAAAAAGGGAGCGGCGUGGGUGAACGAGACGGGGAAGAAAGAGGUCACGAAGCAGACAGUGGCGUAUUCACCGCGCUCCAAACUGGGGACACUCCUGCCAGAGUUUCCAAAUGUCAAAGACCUAAAUUUGCCUGCCAGCCUGCCAGAAGAAAGGGUGUCAACCUUCAUCAUGAUGUACAGAACGCACUGUCAGAGGAUACUGGACACCGUUAUUCGAGCCAACUUUGACGAGGUCCAAAGCUUCCUGCUGCACUUCUGGCAGGGCAUGCCCCCCCACAUGCUUCCUGUCCUCGGCUCCCCCACAGUGGUGAACAUAGUCGGUGUCUGUGACUCCAUCCUCUACAAGGCCAUCUCCGGGGUGCUGAUGCCUACUGUCCUGCAAGCACUGCCUGAUAGUUUAACUCAGGUCAUUCGAAAAUUUGCCAAACAGCUCGAUGAGUGGCUCAAGAUAGCGCUUCAUGAGCUUCCAGAAAACCUGAGGAAUAUCAAAUUUGAAUUAUCAAGGAGAUUUUCUCAGAUUCUAAAGCGGCAAACAUCAUUAAACCAUCUAUGUCAGGCAUCGCGGACUGUGAUAAACAGUGCCGAUAUCACCUUUCAAAUGCUAGAGGAUUGGAGGAAUGUGGACUUGAACAGCAUCACCAAGCAGACACUUUACACCAUGGAGGACUCGCAGGAGGAGCACAGGCAGCUUAUUAUACACUUGUAUCAGGAGUUUGAUCGUCUGCUGGAGGAGCAGUCUCCAAUCGAGGCUUACAUCGAGUGGCUGGAUUCGAUGGUGGAUCGCUGUGUUGUCAAGGUGGCAGGGAAGAGGCCCGGGAGCCUGAAGAAGGUGGCCCAACAGUUCCUGCUGAUGUGGUCAUGUUUUGGUACCAGAGUCAUCCGGGAUAUGACCCUGCACAGCGCGCCCAGCUUUGGCUCCUUCCACCUGAUCCAUCUCAUGUUUGAUGAUUAUGUGCUUUACCUGCUGGAGUCCCUGCACUGCCAGGACAGGGCCAACGACCUCAUGAGGGCCAUGAAAGGCGAGGGCAGCACAGCAGAGAGAGAGGAAGAAUUUACACUGACAGAAACCACCCCCGCCUCCCCGUCUCCAGGAUCCUACUCUCCCGCUCGGUCAGUCCACUCUGUGGGCGUCUCCUCGGCCAGCUCCCCCACGGCAGCCGUGUCCCCGGAGUACACCGGAGUACCUGCCACAACAGGCGCUGUUCAGUCAUAUACCUGGUCCCUUACAUACACAGUGACAACAGCAGGUGGCUCCACUCCAGAGGCCGGACAGCAGCUGUCCUGUAUGAGGAGCAGCGCUCCAGUCCCCCCUCCAUCUUCUGCCCACAGGAUGCCAGUCUACACCCACAGGGAGGAGCACGGGUAUACUGGUAGCUACAACUAUGGCAGUUAUGCCAACCAGCAUCCUCACUCCAUCCAGAGCCAGUACCCGAGUCUGGCCCAUGAGCCGGCGAUCCCAUCCCCCCUGCACUACUCUGCCUACCACCGCUCAUCUGCACAGUAUCAGCUCAACAGCCAGAUGUCCAGAAUGGAGCCCUGUCUGAUGAGCAGCACUCCUCGGUUGCACUCCACACCUGUUGCCCCCCGAUGGCCAGAUGUGUCACCGGGUAACAGCUGUUACACAAGCCCACCUAUGCAUUCAUCCCGCUAUGCCACAUCUGGGGAUAUGUACUCCCCCUUGGGCCCACGCAGGAACUCAGAGUACGAGCACUCACAACAUUUCCCUGGCUUUGCCUACAUCAACGGAGAGGCCACCACUGGCUGGGCCAAAUAACCUUUAAACUGAGAUCUGUGUCCAAAAUCUCUGAACACUUCCAAUCAAGGGCAUGAAAAAAAGGGAACAGAGAGUAAAAUGUGCCAAUGUAAGGUAGAGGAAUCACGGCAUGGAUGUACUGACAAUUUGAAAACACUCAAUCACAUCUGAUGAUUGCGGGGUAAUUUGUGCAGAGAUUUAUUAAAAUUUCUUCAGUGGUCAAUGGAAGAAAAAAAUAGAUUGCAGCAAAAUAAUUUUUAGAGUCCAAUGCUGCUGCCAAGCUGUGCCUUUGUUUUAAGGAAUGUACACCUCUGCCAGAGUUUCCCCCAUCAGUGAGGUCAGCGCACACACCGUCCCACCGGCUCUGUGUGCUCUAAGCUGUACAAUCUCAGUCACAGUGCUGUCUUCUCCUGUUGCUCAGCAGCAUACUGUCGUUAGCCCUCUGCAGCACAUGCCUGUGCUAGGACUCGAUGAUGUCAAUGAUAGUGGUGAUGAUGAUGAACUGCACUGCCUUAACCUCCUCGUGGGAUACAAACAGUGGCCCAAAGCCAAACAUCACAGGUGACCCAUAUAAAGUCAUGAAAGACCUUGAUGGGCAAUGUUAAGAUGUCUUCAUCUUAGGUUCUUUUUUUAAAUGAUGAACGCUGUGACUCAAAAAGAAAAAAUGUAUUCUGUUGCAAGCUUUGCAGUUGUUUUCCUGUGACUAUACACACAUACAGACAC